CAGAUAAGAAUACAUUUUUCUGGAAAAACAGAACCAUCCCUUUUUUUUUUGUCCUUUGUCUCGUCAGCUUUAUGAUUAGGGUCUUGUUCCAUUAAACUCAUCAGAGAAGGAUAAGAAGGGAGAUCAAAUCAAAUUUGCGAGACAGCAGCCAUGAAAGAAGAUCAAGAGCUAGAUUUCAAAAAGGAAGCUGCUGCCGACACUUUGGACAAUUAUUCAAAAUUUGUGAUAGCGAGAGUUGGAAGUAGGACUCGACCGUGUGAUUUGAGGUUACAUUUAAUGAAGGAGAUAUCAGGUAUGCCUAGUUGUCUGAAUAGGGAAACAGCACAUGCGGCAGCAUCUCCUGAGAGAAUGGGCGAGUCAUCCAGCUCGGGAACAGCAAGACUGGAUAAAGCAGAGAGUUUUCGGGCUGUGUAGUUCAUAUUUGACUGUGUCUCAUAUUGGUAUUAACGUGAAGAUACUUUUUCUUCCAUCUAGUGUGGUAGUUUUCUCCCCUGAUAAAUUUGAUAAGAUUGUCUUAGAUGAAACAAAAGAUGUUCUAGUGAAGUUCUAUGCACCAUGGUAUUCAUAGGUUAAUGUGAUCUUCUAUAACUUUAUAAUAUGGUGAUUUCUUUUCAUUUUUAAUGUUUAUGAAUCUUAUUAUCUUGAAAAUUUUAUUAUUGUAUUUAAGUGUGGUCAUUGCAAUGCUCUUGCUUAUGUAAGGAUAUUAUCUUGUAUAAGACUUCUACCAUAUCUAGUUUAUAAUCUUAAUUUGGUAAUUUUCACCUAUGAUGAAUUAUAUCAAGUUUGAUCUUAA